CUAUACGUAUACUGACAUAUAGCGAGCGUAGCACUCUGUUCUGUGAGAACCGAUCGAUAUUCGAUAAAGAAGAUUCCAUUUUGUCCUAAGAGUAUUACAGAUAAAGAGUGAUUCUGUGUUUAGUGUAACUAGCUGAUGCACGCUAUCUUUGUUUUCGUUCUUAUUUCAGUUUUCGCGACGGGUUUUAGUUGUAAAUUAAAGUAACACUAAAGCCUUAAUAAAAAAUCAAUACAAUCAAUUUUUAGUUAGGGGUGUGUAUCUUUUUGUUUUAUUAUUUGUAAAUGUCUCGAGUGACUAGAAGAAAGCACGUCAUGAAUGAAAAUACGUGGGAUGAUGAUGAGCUCCCUAAGGAGAACCAGAGCAUUGUGAAAGUGACCAAGAAUAGGGGAAAUAAUUUACAUGCGGUAAUUAAUCCAUCUGGUGAAGAAUUCUUAGUAUCAAUGCCUACUAAAUUCAGAAAAAACAUUUGGGUGCGACGGGGAUCAUUUAUCGUUGUUGAACCGAUACCUGAAGGAGACAAAGUAAAAGCUGAAAUAGUCAAAGUUUUGAAUAAGGACUCUAUAAAAUAUUAUAAAGAACAGAAUGUUUGGCCUAAAGAGUUUGAUGACACACAAGGGGACAUGAGUGAUGAUGAAUUAUUUGCCAACUGUAACAGAGACCCAGCAUACUGUAAUAGUGACACCGACUCGGAAGAUGAUGAUGAUGACGACAGCAGUGAUCUUAUGAGUGAAACGGACAGUGGUAACGACAGUGGUGAUACUCGUACGAGAUAAUUAUUUAUUGUAAUAUUAAAUUUUUUAUAAGUAUUUAUUUGAUUUGCUAUGUUGAGCAAUCUUUUCUCCCUAAGACAGGGGUUCCCAACCCUUUUCUGGUCAAAGACCACUUUUAUAAUUCUUGUUAUGUUAGGGAUCACAACUACUAUUAAUUUUUUCGUGUGGGCUUACUCUCUAUUUUGCAUUAGUGUAAUCAGUUGCACCUCUUAGUUGUUUUCCUUUUUUGGGCUGAGGUGUAGUCUUGUAUACUUUUUUUAUCGCAGACCAUUUUGUCUGCAGACUACCGGUUGGGAACCACUGAUCUAAGUACUUACUUAUGUACCAAUGCAUUGAGCAAAUAUGUUUAUACUCAUCUCUAAUUUUAGGCAACUAUAGUUAUUUAGGGACUAGUACAGUAGUGUUUUUUAGAUUUAUAUAAAUCGUACCUUUGUAAAGGCAAAGGCAAACAUUCUAAAAAUGAGUUGAAUAUCCUUAUUAAGACUAGGGUCUGCUCAUUACUUAACAAAUUUUUAGAGUUUUUGCCCUUUAUACUAUUGUAUUACCAAAUAUAUAACGUAGUAAGCUUUUAAAAUAAUAUAGAGAAUGAAAAGAAACAAAUAUCUUGUCAUAUUGUCUAUAAGACAUUUUAUUUGUUACACACUUCUCAAAAUAUUGUAUACAUAAACAUAUAAAAUGAGAUUUAUAUUGAUAACUUAAAGACCUAAUUGACAUCAUUUUAGAUUUGCUACAAAACUUGCACCCUACUUGAGAUCAUAAUAAUUAUAGACAAAACAUUUGUAAUAGUAGACUAAAUGUUAGAGGAAUGUUUACACCAAUUUCGUUACCAUAUUAGCCGACAUUGAUAAUUGUAUGUUAAUCAAAUUGUAAUAAAUAUUUCAAAAUUAAA